AUGGAGGGCACUUCUCCUACCGCUGUUUCCUAUAUGGGAGAUCUAUAUGCUUUCUGGGUGGGCUCAUAUGCUGGCGGCAUCUACUGUGCGAAGAGGACCUCCAACGGUGCCAAAUGGGGAGCCGUUUACGCCCUCGAAGGCUUCGUCUCUGGUAUUGCUGUUGCCCCGGGAACCUCGCCAUGUGCCGCCGUGUACCGAGAUAAGCUCUAUCUCUUUUACAACGGACGCGGCCGAGAUGGUACCUUCUACGCUCGGUGCACUAGGAGUGGCUGGGAGCCGAGGGUGGCCGCUCUUAUUGACCACGUCCCGGCCAAGCGAAUGGGCUUUGCUGAGAAUACCUCGCCGGCCGCCGCCGCCUAUAACGAUGAGCUCCAUGUCUUUUGGUGCGGUUCCGGCAGAGAUGGGUUUUUCGGCAGAGAUGGGAUAUACUGGUUUACACUCCAGGACAGAACCUGGACUUAUCAAUCACCGAUUCGAGGCCGCGUAUUGGUCGCCGAGAAUUCGACGCCUUGUGCUUGUAUCUGGGGCAAGAACCUGUGUCUCUUCUAUAACGGCGGCGGCGGAGACGGCACCUACUAUGUCACCUAUGCUGGUAACAAAUCCUGGAAUGACCCGAUCUCAGUCCGGGAAAAGAUAGCUGGGGGGAUGGCCACAGCCGACGACACCAGCCCCAGCCUCGUCUCCACGGGCUAUGGAAGACCCAGACUCUUCUGGACAGGGUCAGGGGGGCCGUUGCAGGGCCUCUGGUCCUCGGAAGCUUAUGGAGAUGGCUGGGAGCGAUAG